AUGUUCGCCGAAAUACUUUGGAGUGGAAAAAAUCUUAAAAAGUACAAGAUUAGACACCAGGCUCUCUCAUUCUACACACGGCAUCGGAAAACAGAAUGUGGAGCAAUAUUAGACACAGAAGGCAGCUACACUCUACCAAAAAACGACCAGUGCUCACUCAAAGUCGCAGUGCCCGAAAAAAGCGCUGUACAGAUUACUGUAUCAGGCAAAGCAUUCAAAUGUAAACGACAUUUGAAGGAUCUUAUGAUAGAGUCGAUGGAGACGAAAAUGAUUUCCUUUCCGUGUUUUCAACGAGAUGCGGCUGCUUUAUUCAUUGGUGAUCAACGCAAAUACAUUAUUCAUACGAAAAAUCUACCGUCUGCGUCUCACAUUGGAAUUGCUUAUUACAAGACCCAGUACGAAUGCGGUGAUGUAGUACCAUUUGACGUCGUUGGCAUGGACUUAACAGUAAAAUAUUCCUACACAGAAAACUCUCUCUGCAGUGUGAUCCUUCCAGGCAGAACGCGAGCUGUAAUUAGUAGAGUUGAUGGAGCAAAUACG